AUGACUACCUCACCAUCGUCAGGUCUUUCGCCUGAAGCAAAAGAAUUUGUUCCAUUAGGACAAAACUCUGCGAUAAGCAUUCCAUUAUACGUUGAUGAAAAUACAGUUGCAUCUAUUUAUCCUUCGGAUCAACAACCGCUGAUGGUUCAAACAAUCUAUCCGAUGAUGGUAACAGAUUCGAAAAUUACCGAUAAUGGUCGAUUUCCUGAAAUUGAAUUUCACAUUCAACCAUCUCAACAGCAACAAUUUCAAAUCGAUUCAUGUACAAAUGUUCCACAAUCACCUUCAAUUAAUGGAACUUCACCCUCAACUUCAACAUCUCAAAUCGUUCUUUUGCCAACAACUAAUUCAGCAACUGCAGUGACGCCAACUGGAUAUUAUCCAGGUCCACAAAUUAUUUAUUCAACUACGGAACCAGUAUCAGCAUUUUAUCCCUUGGAUUAUUGUGAACAAUCUUUGAUUAAUUUUUCUCUCCAACAACCUACACAAAUGUCUAAAUCUCACCGAAUGUUAUCUCAACAACAAAGAUCAUAUUCAUUUCGGCAACACGGAAUCAACCACUCGCCAUAUCGUCCAUCAUCUCGUGGAAAUAAUAAUCGCGGUGGUGGAAGCAACAGUAGUGGAAUCUCAAAUAGUCGAAAUUCCUACUAUGAUUACAGCAAUCGCCGAAAUGGUGGUUCAUCAUAUUCAUCGAAUUCAGGACGAGGUAAUUCGUCAAAUAGUAAACGAAUCUCAUCAUCUUAUCAUUCAAACGAGUACAAUAAUUAUUAUCAUUCAUCUCCAAGAUCCAGAGGUUAUUUAUCGCGUUCAUCCCAACAACAGCAUGAUGAAUAUCGAAAAGAUUAUUCCGAUUAUUACAAUCAUGAUAAUGAAUAUAAUCAAUCCAGUCAUAUGAAUGAGGAUGGUACACCAUUCGAAUUUCGAUCUGAAGACUUUCCGAGUCUUCCAAUAAAUAAUCAACAAUCUGAUAAUAAAACUUCAACACAAUCGGUUGCAUCAACUACUGCCACUACAAAAUCAGCCUCAUCUUGGAAUGAAAUUGUCUCAGCUCCACGUCGUCGUUCGACUUCUCCACAAUCCAUACCUCCAUCUCAAGAUCAACGAUCGGAUCGAAGUCGUUCAUUCAACAAUAAACUAUCAACAAACAAUGAACGCAAACCUUCAAACAAGCCAAUUCAUCAAUCAUCUAAAACUACCAAAUCAGCUAACUGUGCUUCCAAAUCAACAACUUCUCAAGAUGAACAACCACAUUCACUAUCAUUAACCAAUAGUGAUCUUCCAAAUAAUGAAACCAAUACCAAAUUGAAUAAUAACAAAGAUGAUGGUUUUAUUCAAACAAAAUAUCAACAACGACGUUUAAAACGUAAAAACAAACUUCGAGAAGAACCUGUCUCCUUUCCAGAACAAUCCGACGACAUUGAAUCAGCUCCAUAUGCUCUCGAUGAUGAAAAUGCAUUUCCUACCUUAGGUCAACCCAAUCCACCAUCAACGACAAAAUGCGAAACUGAAGUGAUAAAAAAAAACAAUUGCGAAACAUCUCAACUCGAUUUACCCGACAUGUUCAAUCGAUUGAAUACAUCAACUCCGAGCAAUUCAUCUGAUUCGAAAAUCAUGCCAAAACGUGAACAAACAAAAUCACGCAAAUCAAAUAAAACGAAACGUAGUAUUAAUCACAAAGAAAUCGAAGAAAAUCAAAAUCAAUCAAUCUCGCCAAUAACAGUAGAAAAUCAGUCGAACGAGGUUCUUAUUCAAAAUGAUACUGAUACGAAUACUACGAACAUUAAAGAAGAUGAUCAACAAAAUUCAAAUGCAUUGUCUUCGACUAGUAACAAUAGUAGUGACACCAGUGAUUAUGAUGAUGCGGUUGACAAUUUGAAUGAAGAUGAAUGA